AUGGAUUACCAAGUCUUGGCGCGGGAGUUCCUACGUUCCAGAGCCAACGCGCUGCAAGUGCUUCAAGCCAAGAUGGACAUGAUGGCCGAAACAAUUAACGACCUGCAGUACGCUCGGGAGGAGCUGGAGGCAAUACUUCUACGCGAAGCUAAAGCUAUUAACGAGCUUACUGCAAGCAUCGGAGAGACUCCAGGGAGCAGCGGAUACACUUUUUCAUCCGGGGUGUUACUGGGGCAAAUAGUCAAGAUUCUACAACGUGGAUCGUGA